AUGGAGGCGCCAGAUACCAGUAAUAGACCCCAAAUAGGGGGCUGGUAUGACGACCUCAGUGCCUAUGCCCGUCAAUCUAUACAGACCUGUGGGGAGGCCCUAAUCGGGGCUCUCUCUCCCUCAAUCUGGGGAUCUGGAUCGGGGGAUGAUCGGGGGAUAAAAGUCAAUCCCACUUAUAGGGCUGGUACCUAUGCCCGUCAGUCUAUACAGGCCUGUGGGGAGGCCCUAAUCGGGGGUAUAUUUGCUACGUAUAUCCUAUGCGAGACUGUGUGCCAGGUCACCUACGAGGGAUGUCAUGCACCGGCACCCAGACCAGUCAUAUGUAUGGUUGCGCUAGAUACCAGUGCUUGCGAUAAAAAUAGACCCCAAAUAGGGGGCUGGUAUGACGACCUCAAUUGCCAAAUGGACCCGGAUGCUAGUUUUUGUCGGGCGUAUAUUGAAGCCUAUUUCUGUAACACAACAUCCCGUGCCUGCGAGCCCUUUGUGUACGGGGGCUGUGGGGCCAACAAUAACCACUUCGAUGGGGUCGACCUAUGCCUACAAUAUUGUGGCGGUGUUUGCGACUCAUAA